AUGCUGCGCGUGUAUGGAGCUCGAUGGCCUGGCAAGCUUCUCUGCCGACAGAGGGAAUUCCAUCUCACUCUUUCCUCGAGUCUCGACCGCCACCAUCGCUCGAUUCACAGUGCGACUCGUGUCACCGCGACUCGUGCUGGCCAUUUUAAACAUCAGAUCAGGGGCAAAAAGACAAAGACCACCGUCAAUCUCGCCGAUCUACCACAGGGCCUUCUACCGAGGCAUAAGCCGACAGUAAUUAAUCAUGAUACUCGCGAUGAGCCGGCCUAUCCCACUGUGGUGCUACAGGCCCGUCGCAACAUGCAGAAAUUCGACAACUGCGUCCUCUUGACCCGCGUCGGUGGUUUUUAUGAGCUCUACUUUGAGCAUGCCGACGAAUAUGGCCCAUUACUAAAUCUCAAGGUGGCAUCUAAGAAGACGAGUGCUGGACCGGUGCCCAUGGCCGGGUUUCCCUUCUUUCAACUCGACCGUUUCCUUAAAAUCCUGGUUCAGGAUCUUAACCGCUAUGUUGCCAUAGCCGAGGAAUUCCCCAAUGAGGCUUCGGAAAAGGUCAAGUCGGGUGGACUGAUGCACAAUCGUCGUGUAUCUCGCAUCAUCACACCUGGCACUCUGAUCGACGAGAACUUCAUGGACCCUUAUGCCAACAACUAUGUCAUGGCAAUUCAUGUGGGCCAGCAUGAUACCGCGAGCAAUAAUUCGGAGAAGCAGAGCACCGUAGUACCGGAUACUCUGGGCACCAUGCCUCAGCAAGCUUCUCUCCCUCUUGGGCUCGCGUGGCUCGAUGUCUCCACUGGGCACUUCUUCAUCCAAGCUACAGAUCUCGCUUCACUUCCUGCCAUCUUGUCGCGAGUCAACCCACGAGAGGUAGUACUUGACCAGAGCUUUGGGACGCAGAAAGACCACGGUAUAUUCUCCAUACUUGCCGAGGACAGGUAUUUGAUCACGUAUGCCACUGCCGGGACCCUCCUCAACCCGUCAGGUUGGACACCGUAUCUCGAGUCUGAUGUCCCUGCAUCAACAAGGGACAGCCUGACACAAAAUGAGGUUCUAGCCGGCGAUCUGGUCCUCAACUAUGUGAAGGACAGGUUGCAGGGGCUUAGCAUGAAACUUCAGCCGCCGCUCAGGCAUGAAAACAUGGACAUCAUGACAAUUGACAAGAACAGCCUGCGCGCCCUCGAGAUCAAGCAGACGAUGCGGGAUGGAUUCUUUAAAGGCAGUUUGCUGCAUGCAAUACGACGCACCGUUACCAAAAGCGGUGCCCGUCUGCUCAAUGAGUGGCUGGGCUCCCCUUCGACCUCUCUGGAUGUCAUCAAAAAAAGACAGGAUGUAGUAGCGCAUUUCAUUGAUUCUCCGGACAUCCGUGAUUCAAUCAUCAACCUUCUCCAGCACAGUCAUGAUUCUCAGCGCUUGGUUCAGAAGUUCGCCUUGGGCCGUGGUGACCCCGACGAUUUGCUUGGAAUCGCAUACACGAUUCGAGCCACCAAGGAUAUUGUGGCUCUUCUAGAGGAGGACCAACAUCAGGAUUGCCUUAAGUCACUCACUUCCCGCAUCAAUCUCGAUGAGCCCUUGAAACUGGCUGCUCGCAUCAGGGAUGCCAUUGACGAAGAGGGAAUUCUCAACCAGCAUGAAAUGGAGGAAUCUACGGCCGGACAGAUGAUGGUCCUUGCAGAAAAUAUUGUCUCCUCCGAGGGAACUCAAGAGGAUGCUUCGUCGUUACCGAAGGGAAGGAAGAAAAGGCCUGCGUCACUCAAAGAGCAUUAUGCCGAAGACAACGAGAGCUGGAUCAUGAAGCCAGCUGCCAGCCUAGGUCUGCAGAAGCUACAUGCUGACCUCGUCUAUUUGCAAAAGGAGAGAAUCUCCCUCACCGAGACAUUGAGGGAGCGAUUCCAGGCCUCGAGCAUGACACUUCGCUGGACGCCUGGUCUGGGUCACAUUGCCCACAUCAAGGGCAAGGACCUCAAGCACGUAACCGACGUCAGGUCCGUCUCCUCGAGCCGAUCAACUCGGUCAUUCCACCUCCCGGAAUGGACAUCACUUGGACAGCGGCUGGAUCAAGUCCGUUUCCAAAUCCGUGUUGAGGAGCAACGCGUCUUCCAGUCGCUGCGAGAGCACGUCGUCGUGAACCUUGUCAAGAUUCGACACAACGCCGCGGUCCUAGAUGAGCUAGACAUCACAACAUCCUUUGCCAACCUGGCUGUUGAAAAGAACCUAGUGCGCCCACAGCUCAAUAACUCGACCGCCCACACCAUCAUUGGCGGGCGUCACCCCACGGUCGAGGGAGGCCUCUACGAGCAAGGUCGUAGCUUCGUGCGUAAUGACUGUCUCGUCGGGAUGCCAACCGAAGGUAGAUUGUGGCUCAUAACAGGCCCCAACAUGGCAGGCAAGAGCACCUUUCUGCGGCAGAAUGCCCUGAUCACCAUACUGGCCCAGGUUGGAUGCUACGUGCCCGCGUCGUUCGCCGAGAUUGGCAUCGUAGAUGCCAUCUUUAGUCGCGUGGGCUCCGCGGACAACCUCUACCGCGACCAGAGCACCUUCAUGGUGGAGAUGAUUGAGACGGCACAAAUCCUCAAGCACGCAACGCCACGGUCCUUCGUCAUCAUGGACGAGAUUGGCCGGGGAACGACACCCGAGGACGGCACAGCAGUCUCAUUUGCCUGCCUACAGCAUCUGGUGACUGUCAACCAAUGUCGGACUCUGUUUGCAACGCACUUCCACGACGUGGAAGAGCUUGUGGCGGCCGAGGGAUUGUGCACUUCGGACGGUGGUGCUGUUCGCUUUUACUGUACGGACGUCGACGAAGACGACCAGGGCGGCUUCGUCUACAUCCACAAAUUACGAAAAGGCAUAAAUCGACAGAGCCAUGCCCUCAAGGUUGCACGCAUGGCUGGACUUCCAAGACUGGCCAUUGACACUGCCCGUCGUGUCUUAGAGGAAGGGACACAACGUAAUGAGCCCGGACAGUCGACGGCAAGUACUUGUAUGAAAUGA